AUGGGCCCCAAAUCUGAUUUCAAGUUCAUCACCGUCGAUGCCACUGAAGGGAGUUUCCCGACUGCGAGCAAAUCCACUAGAAGUCAUGCUAUCCGAACUGCCAUCCAGAGAGGCCGUUCGGAGCUGGGAUCCUCGACGGCCUCAAUUUCACAAAACACCAUCAAGCAGAAGGCCCAGUUGAAGGGACGAUUCAGGUUGCCGGGAACAACGCUCAAGUCAACCAAACCCAAGAGUCCAAAGCAUCUGCAAGAACAAGAAAAAGAACAAGAAGAUUUUCCACCCGACAUUGCUGAGUUUCUGCACCAAGCAUCGCUGCCACCCUGGGUACAGAGACUGGGGAGCGAUAGCGCUGACCCCUUCAAUACGCUACCUAUUCCCAGUAGUCCUUGCGUGGACUCUCUGGUGAAAUAUUUCACCACCAGAUUCAACCUCAAUUCCACUACAAUCGAUACUCAGAGACCAUGGUUUCCCUAUGCUACGCAGAGCGCUCUCAUCAUGCGCGUUACGCUGGCCUUGGCAGCAGAGUUUUUGACCGCCACCAUGCCUCUUCUUGACUUCAAGCUCCAACGGGAAGGGUACAAGCAAAAGGGGGAGGCGAUGCGGAUGAUCAGAGAUCGUCUAGCUUCUCAAGAAUCUGCCCGUAGUGCAAGCAAUGACCUCUCUGUUCUUGCCGGCGUGGCCAUGUUGGGAAGCGUCGAAGCUUUUCAAGGUCACUUUUCGGCGGCAAACGUCCACUUGACGGGACUCCACGCCAUGAUAGAAGCUCGAGGGGGACCGGAGACGAUCAAACACGACUACAUCCUCUGCCGCUGCAUCAAUUGGAUCGACAUUCAAGUAGCCUCGGGUCUCGGAAGAGUGCCAAAGUUCCCCAUGUUCCACACUCUCGGGCAGGUGUCUCUUCCGCCGUCGGUCGUGAACCGCGCAAGGACGCCUUCCCUGCGACACCUGGAGAAGCUCGGCGGCCACAACCCCGACGAGAGCGACGAGCCGCUGAGGAUCUUUGUGGCGCUGAGGCAGGCGAUUCUCUCGCAGGCAGGCGGUGCCGUGUCCGUGUCCGCAGACGACAUCAGGAUCGUCAUGAACACGGCCGAUAGCACAAUUCUGCACUUUUUAUACGUGGAGCGCCGGACAGCUACGCCAGUGCAGAAACGGUUCCUAGUUCUGGUCUCUGCUGCCCACGUUUUUCUUUAUACCGUCUUGCGAGAGAUCCCGACGACGGGACACAUGGUACGGGUCCUCGUCAGGAGGAUGCGCGACGCCCUCGAUGACGCGGAUUCCAUUGCACUCAUCUGGGUGUCUCACGAUGCCGCCUUGUUGUGGGUUCUCUUUGUGGGCAUCGUCGGGUCCGGAACAACCGAGGACCGUGAGUGGUUCUCGUCGAGACUCAAUAGCUUGCUGGAACGAGCCAGGGGUAUUUUGCCGCCGGAACAAUGCAGGCGUGAGAAUCUGCAGCAACUCCUUUCCGGGUACCUCUGGCGGGAUAAGCAUUGCUUACCAGUCUUGGAUGAAGUGUGGGCAACGUGGGAGCGCGGCCAAGGCGGUACUGGUGGUGGUGUUGGUGUCAUGUAG